UCAUACACACACACACACAUACACACACACACGCUUUCCUCGCUACAGAGUCAGACAGUGAUCGGGCCAGCUGCCUCAGAGCUGGAGCUCUUCCUCCCUCUCCCUGACUCCCACGUUCUCCGCUGGCCUCAUCGCUCCAUGGGACUCCAGACCUGGCCGCCGAGCACAGCAGCACUGCCCCCCAUGGCCUGCCUGGACGUGGAGACCCCCGCCAUCUGCAGGGGAAAAUUCAAAUCAGUCCUCCAGCUCUGUCUGCAGCAGAGGAGAAGUCGAGAGCAGCUUGUGGAGCAGGGCAUCAUGCCACCUCUGAAGAGUCCUGCUGUCUUUCACGAGAAGAUUCGCAACCUGGAAAGAGCCCGGACUGGGAACUUCCUAAAGCACAAACUCUGCAGCAGACCCCAGCGCUCCGAGCUCGUCCGCAUGCACAUCCUAAAAGAGACGCAGGCGGAGCCCUCCCUGCAGGCCACGCAGAUGAAGCUGAAGAGGGCCAGACUGGCUGACGAUCUCAACGAGAAGAUCGCCCAGCGCCCAGGACCCAUGGAGCUGGUGGAGAAGAACAUCCUGCCUGUUGACUCUGCUGCCGAGGACGCGGCCGAUGAGAGUGCUGGGCAGACAGAGAUCUCUAAGACCCCGGAGCGGUCCGAUGUGUACAACUUUGAUGAGGACAGCAGCGAUGCACCUUCAUCGCCGAAUCCCUGCAGCCAUCCGUCUCCCAGCUCUGCCUCGGCCUCGCCACAGCAGUCUGGAGGAAACGACUCCACCUCCUCUAACUCUCCCGCACAGUGUUCCCCAAAACCCAGCCUGCAAUCAACAGUAGAUCUAGUCAAACUUUCCUUUGCCAGCACGCCGCCGUGCACCCAGCCAGCCCCUGUUGCCCCCAGUGUUACACCAGGACCCGUUCUUAUUAAGCAAAGCUUGGCCAAGCUUCCCGCCGACAAAAGCCGCAGCAAGAAGAGCAAAGAGCCCAAGCCGCGGGUGAAAAAACUGAAGUACCAUCAGUACAUUCCCCCGGAUCAGAAGCAGGAGCUGGCUGAAGUGUCCAUGGACUCUGCGUACGCCCGCCUGCUGCAGCAGCAGCAGCAGUUCCUCCAGCUCCAGAUCCUCAGCCAGCAGCAGCAGCAGCAGUACAGCUACCAGGCCAUCCUGCCUACGACGCUCAAACCCACAAGUGAGGUACAAACCAGCUGCUCCGGCGUUGUGCUGAACGGGAGCGCCGCGCUGACGCCGGUGCAGCUCCGCCACGCUCAGGCCGGCCACAAGCCGGACCGCUUACCGGCCAAUCUGGACGACAUGAAGGUGGCUGAGCUGAAAAUGGAGCUGAAGCUCAGAUCUCUGCCUGUUUCUGGGACUAAGACCGAUCUGAUAGAACGAUUGAAAACGUAUCAGGAGAGCUCCGGCAGCCAGACGCCAGCCGCCGUCGGCGCCGAGCCUGCCGUCGUCUCAACGGCUCCACAGUCCGACAGCGUAAAGUUGACUCCCCCCGUGUCCCCCAUCGCCUCCAAAGUGUCCAGCCUUGGCAUAGAGGACAGCGGCACGGCCGACAGUCCGGCGGGGAUGCCAGGGAGUCCGUCCCAUGCCGCAGUGCACGAGGAGAGUCCCGCAGAGACGAAAGCCCACGAGAAGGACUCCGAAAAGGACAAACGUUUGCACGAGAAGGAGCGGCAGAUCGAGGAGCUGAUGAGGAAGCUGGAGCAGGAGCAGAGGCUGGUGGAGGAGCUGAAGAUGCAACUGGAGGUGGAGAAAAGGAUCCAGCAGGGAGACUCCCCGCCUCAGCUCAGCCCGUCGCUUCCCGUGCAGGUCAAAGAGGAAAACCCAGCCCCGGCGAACUGCUCGGUGGCCUGCAGCUCUCCGGCCCCGCCGGGGGUUGUAAAGCAGGAGGAGUCCGCCGAGCAGAGCCAAGCCGUCCUUCCGAAUCAGUUCAUCAUCAGUCACCAGAUCAUCGCGCCGCCCGAGACUCUGCAGCCCGCUCAGGCCGGAGCGCAGAUCCUGCUGCCCGCAUCCCUUCCUGCCUCCGGCGUCACUCUGCAGCUCCCUGCCAAAGGCCUCAAAUUACACACUGCAGUUAGCAGCUCAGCUCCAGGCCUCAUCCAGAACCCUGGACAGGUGCCACAGCAAAUAGAGGCCUCGGCAGCGUUACAAAAGCAAUGCAGCAUUCAAAGCCAGACACUGACAAAGACAUGGAGGAUGGAAGCAGAGGCACAAAACCUGCUCAAUACAUUCCCUCUGAACGGAUACGCUGCGGGAGCCUCCUCGGGCCAACCUGUCCACGCAGAGCCCACGAGCAAGCCUCUCUGUUCCAGCCAAUCCCCUUUGACUGUGCCGCAGCCAAAAUUCACAAACCGUGUGUCAAAGUGUAAGGACCCGCCCCGCUACGAGGACGCAGUCAAACAGACCCGCAGCCUGCUCACAGCUGCACAGGCUCCCACUGCGGCCAGCCAACAGAUGGAUGACCUGUUUGACGUGUUAAUCGAGAGCGGCGAGAUCUCCCCGUUCAUCAGGCAGGAUCCGCCCAGCCUGGACAAGCCUCUCCCUGUCACCGCCAGCGUAACCACCCUUCCCGUGAACACGGCCUUAUCCCGGCCGCCCGCCUUGGUCCAGGUGGCCCAGCCGCCUGCGGCCCUGACCCCGAACUCCCAGCUCAACUCCCUCCUGGACGCGACGAUGGCCGCCGACAGGGAGCCGCACAAACUGAAGCUGAUUGAGGAGCUGCACUCGCCCGCGACCGCCAUGGAGGUGGACUUUAACGAGAACACUCCGGCCUCCCCGCUGAACCUGCACCACGCCGGCAUGGACAGCAUGGACUGGCUGGACCUGACGCUGGCGGUGCCGGCAGAGGGAGGAAACCCGCUGGACGUGUCCGUGCCGGUGGGCGUCUUCUCCUCCGACUUCCUGAACUCUCAUGAACUGCACUUGAACUGGGAGUGAGUGCAGCCCAGGUGAAUCCCUCCACUGGGACCUUUGACAUGUGCUUCAUGUGCUUUUGGAGGUGUGAGCAGUCCAGACCUGCAGUAUUAACCCAGACGUCGUUCUUCAUUUGAAGCUGAUAUUGUAGCAAGGUGACCUGUGCGUGCACGUUGAGAGUUGUGAAUGUAUCUCGGUUUAUAUCUAUGCAAUGAGUUUUGUGUCUAAAGAGAUUUGAAACAUGUAUUUAGAUUUCUGCAUACACAGAUUCGCAUUUGUUUGUCAUAUUAGUGCAAGGAUAAUAGAAUCUGUGUUUGUAAUAUAUUUGUUGUGUGCGCGCUGGGAUUUGUUUGUGCCUCCAAAGGCCUGUAAAUGUCACUGUAUUAACCAAGAGAACACAAAUAUCUGCAGAAAUCUGUAAUGGCAGGAGAUCAAAAUCAACUUAUCCAAACCUUCAGCUGGUUUAGAGGCUCAAAUUAGACAACAUUUACAGGCUCAUGGAGACAUGCACAAAUUCCACCAUGCACUCUGUAAAUACAGGGGAAAAUUGUAUGACACAUUCACAAAUGUAAUGGCACGUUUUAAAAACACACAACUCUCCACAUGCAAGCACGUGUCGUCACUGCUACAGGAGCAUAUCUUCAUCCCUCUGACUGCACGGAGGACCAGAGAACGUGGGGCUGGUACUGGCGCUUUGAGCGAAAGCAGCAGAAGUAGCUGCUAAGAUUUCCAUCUCAAAAUUAUGUCACUGAUUUGUUAUCAGUCUGUUUUCCUCUUAUUGGUUUGCCUUUGUCCUUUGAUCUCAGUGAAUGUAGAGCUCCGCGCUCUGGAAGAAGAGUAAACCAUCCUCGUUCCUGUCUUGGAGUGACUCUCACGACUAAAACAGAGUGUAAACACUCGGCCACAAUGUCUUCCUGCUGUGUGGAUGAAUUGUGAAGCAUAAAUUAGACAUUGAACUCAUCUGGGAGCGAAGUUUCUAAGUCAGAGUGACCCAGCAGCACGAACCCAAGCUGCCUUAGUAUUUAUUACCGAAAACUCUGUAAACACGUUCAUCUCUAAACUAUUUCUUUCUUCUUUUUUUUUUUUUUAGCCUUUUGAGUCUGUAAUGCAUCUCAUUGCACAUGUGGGCACCCUGACACACACACACACACACACACACACACACCCUGAUUCUCACACAUUUCACUGCUUUCCAGUCUAACUAACUGGAUCUUUAAAAUGUUUAAGUAAUUGCAGUUUGAUUUUUACUGUGCAGUUUAUUGAGUUAGUUUCAGACAUGCAAACACAACCUUCACAGUCUAAUAGUCUCAACGCUUCUGAUCAGAUUGUAUUUUACUGACCUCUGCUGGUCGCAUUGGUCGUUUUGACAGUUUCAUAUAAAAUGUAUCAAACUGAGCGCGUGUGUGCUACAGAGCGACCUAAUUGUGCUACUUUAUUGAAUUGUUGGGGAUUCACAGUCUCUGGAAAGUCACAUUUCUCUAUGCUGAAGAAAUUGU